AUGGCCGCCGUCGGCAUUCAGGAUUCAAACCGCAAGAGUGCCGUCCUCCUGCAUCUGAUCGGGCCAGACGUCGCCGACAUCGUGGACACCCUGCCGGAGGAGACCGACGCGACGGCGGAGGCCGACGACUACGACAAACUGAAAAAGAAGCUGACAGCGUACCUGUCCCCAGUAAGGAACACCGUGGCAGAGCGUUCCGCGUUCCACCAGAUGCGGAUGGAGGCAUCGGAGGACCUAGAGCACUUUCUGGGGCGCCUCCGUGCCCAAAUCGCGCUGUGCAGCUACCCCGCCACGGAAACGGACACAGAACUGAGGGAUCAGUGCGUGCUGGGCUGCCGAGCGGGUCUCCAAGAGAAGCUUGUCCAGUUGGCGGCCUCUAAGGGGGACAAACUCACACUGGAGGAGGUCCGGCAGGCGGGCCGUGCCCACCGCGACCUCCAGCAGCUCGGCGCCCAGCUGGCUGCCACGCGCGACCAGCAGCAGCAGCAGCAUCGGCCGGCAACAGGCAGGGGGCGCCCUGCCCAGCAGCAGCAGCCGCGGCGGCCGCGCGGCCGGGAGCGCGACGGCGGAACGGCUGACGGAGGCGGCGCCGACGGCAGGCGUCCAGAGACGCGGCGGUGCUUCAAGUGUAACAAGGUCGGACACCUGCGGCACCAGUGCCCUCAGAAGGACGAUACAGACAUGUGGGGCAUCGACUUCGGCUUCGGGAGCAUCAACUCGGUGAACCUGACGCAGGCAGUUACAGUCACCGUGCCGGUCAACGGGGUAAAAAUCAACAUGCUGGUGGACAGCGGCAGCCCCGUAACGGCGGUGGGGCGUGACACGCUCAUCCCCGGUCUGCAGCUGAGGCCCAGCCCACUGCACCUCACCUCAUUCACCGGUCACGUCAUCCCUCUGAUCGGUGAAGGUCAGGUGUCGGUGAGGUUCCGGGGGCGUGAUCACCGUUUGCGACUGGUGGUGGUCGACCUGCCCGGCGAGAGACGGCUGCUGGGCCGCGACUGGAUGUCGGCCCUGAACAUCAGCGCGAGUGGCGAGGCUGCAGUACUGACCGUCGGACCGGGCGGCGUGGCCGCAGAUCUGCAAGCGGUCUGUGAUCGGCACGCGCCGGUGUUCGAUGGCCGCCCGGGGCGGAUCAAAGGGACCAAGGCGCACCUGGUCCUCAAACCCGACGCGCAGCCUGUGUCGAGGCCGGUACGUCUGCCUCCCUACGCGCUCAAACCAGCCGUGGAGCGGGAGCUGGACCGGUGGGUGGAAGCCGGUAUAGCGGAGAAAAUCGGACCGAACGACGCCCUGGGAUGGGGCACUCCGCUGGUGACAGUCCCGCGGGCUGAUGGAGGCAUACGUUUGUGCGGAGACUACCGCCUGACGGUAAAUCCGCAACUGCAGAUGGCCACGCACCCGACGCCAACGCCGGAGGACAUCUUCGCGAACGUCAGAGGACAGCAGUUCUGUAAACUCGAUCUUAAGGACGCGUUCCUACAGCUGGAGCUCGGAGAGGAGUCGCGUGACAUGACGACUGUGGUCACACACCGAGGAAGGUACCGAAUGCUCGCUCUGCCGUUCGGGAUCUCGGCGUGCAGCUCAAUUUUCCAAUCAGCGAUUGAUCAUAUCCUGGAUGGAAUUGACGGCUGCGUGGCGUACCAGGACGAUUUGCUCAUCGUAGGCGCUGACCGGGUGGAGCUGGCGCAGCGGCUCGACCGGGUGCUGGCUCGCCUGGAGCAGCACGGGGUCAAACUGAAGCGAGAAAAGUGCCGCCUGGGACUCGAUGAAGUGCAGUAUCUCGGCUGGUGUAUAUCGGCGAACGGACUGCGGCCGGUGAAGGACAAGGUCCAAGCCGUGCUGGACAUGCCGGACCCCAAGGACGUCAAGGCGCUGCGCAGCAUCCUGGGUAGUAUCACCUACUAUCAGCGGCUGCUACCCAACCUGUCGACGCUGCUGGCGCCGCUCUACCGCCUGCUGCAGAAAGGGGUGCCGUGGGAAUGGAGCAGCGAAUGUCGACACGCGCUGACUCAGGUCAGACAGCUCCUGGCAGGAGACACGGUACUCAAGCGGUACGAGCCGGAGGCGCCGCUCAAGCCGGUAACGGACAGCAGCGAGGUCGGAGUGGGAGCAGUACUGACACAGCCCGACGGCGAAGGACUGGAGCGCCCAAUAAUGUACGCCUCCCGCACACUCACCGGCACCGAGAGGAAGUACCCGAUGGUGGAAAAGGAGGCUCUGGCAGUGUCAUUCGCCGUCAAACGGUUCGGGCAGUUCCUCUAUGGCCGACGAUGGACUCUCGUCACGGAUAACAGAGCGCUGUCGCGUAUCCUCUGUCCCGAACGCGAGCUGCCGACCCUCGCUGCGGCGAGACUACAGAGGUACGCACUGCAGCUCGCAGCCUUCACGUACGACGUCGAGCUGAGACCCUCGGAGAACAUGCAUCUGGCUGACAGCCUGUCCCGCAUGGCGGUGCCGGGGCGCCCGCUACGUCCAUCAGAAGACAUGCACCUGGCGGACAGUCUGUCUCGUAUGGCAGUGCCAGGCGGAGAGGUCGAGCCAGCGGACGCUGAGGACGACACCAGCGGCGGCUCGUAUCUGCUGUUCAUGGACGGUGUAGCUCCAGUUCUGACGGCCAAACAACUCGCGGCGGCGACACGCCGCGAUCGGGUACUGUCGCGCGUCCUGACGUACGUGCACAGUGGGUGGCCCGGACAGGUGGAGCAGGAGCUGGCCCCGUUCCGUCAGAGGCGGGAUGAGCUCUCCACGGACCUGGGAUGUCUGCUCUGGGGUGGCAGGACGGUGGUUCCCCACUGCCUUCGGCAACAGGUGCUGGCAGAGCUGCACCAAGGUCACCUGGGCAGCGCCAAAAUGAAAGGUGUGGCGCGCCGAUACGUAUGGUGGCCGGGCAUGGACGCCGAGCUGGAGGCCCUGGCGCGUGACUGCGCGGCUUGCAUGGAAAAGCGCGGGGCACCACCGCGUGCUGAACUUCACCCUUGGGAACCGACGGACAGCUGCUGGUUCAGGGUUCACAUCGACUUCGCUGGACCUUUCCAGGGCUCUUUCUUUCUGAUAGUGUAUGACAGCUACUCGCGCUGGGUGGAGGCAGUGCCGAUGCGUGAGACCAGCACGGAAAGCACUGUGCGUGUUCUGCGCGAAAUGUUCGCCAGGUUUGGAUUGCCGGUCCAGGUGGUCAGCGACAAUGGACCCCAGCUGACCGCCACUGCGUUCUCCCAGUUCCUGAACUCGAAUGGGAUUCGGCACAUCAGGACAGCGCCGUGGCAUCCAAGUAGCAACGGGGCGGCGGAGCGCGCAGUGCAAACCGUAAAGAAUGGCUUGAAAGCUGCACUCAAGGACGGAGGAACGCUUUCUCAGCGCCUACAGCGGUUCUUGCUGGCAUACCGGGUGGCGCCACACGCGACCACGGGGAGGUCUCCAGCGGAAAUGAUGCUGGGACGGAACGUGCGAACCAACCUGGACCUCCUAAAGCCGGAUGUGGACGUGCGGCAGCGCGAGGAAAAACUUCGCCAGUGGCAGGCCGGUAGGCCAGGUCACAACAGGCAGUUCUCGAUCGGAGACCACGUCUGGACACGGGCCUACGGUGGACCGUCCAAGUGGCGGCGGGGCGUCAUCACCGCCCGGACGGGCCCGCUGUCGUUCGAAGUGGACGUGGGGAGCGCGAUCUGGUCGCGGCACGCCGACCAGCUGCGUCUGGCGGGCACCCAACAGGCUGCUGCAGCGUCCGAUGGCGCGGAGGAAAUCAGCCGGCAGCCGACGGUGGCAGCACCGAACCCGCUGGCCAACGCCCCGGCGCCCGACUGA